AUGCGUCUUCUUGACGUCCGGACUUUUGAACUCUGCGAGUUUGUCGGUAAACCACCGCCGUACGCCAUCCUUUCUCACACCUGGGAGGAUGAUGAGGUCACGUUCCAGGACAUCGCCAAUCUGGACCUGGCGAGAAAGAAGAAGGGAUUUACGAAAAUUCAACUAUGCUGCGAGCAAGCCCUCCAUGAUGAUUAUGACUGGGCCUGA